GCGGCACAGUCAGUCACGAGGUUGAAUGUAGUCCUGCGGUCGUUCGGUUCGGUUGGUUCUUCUUCCGCGUACGCGUCACUCGCUCGGCGUGUGUUUUGUGCCAAAAACCUUCGUUGUCCUAGUGGUGGCUGGUAGUGGUUCCGGUUGAGCGGCAUCCACAGCGUGACGACACAGCGUGUUCCCCGCCAUGCCUACCAUUCCACCGCCACCGAUUCGCGAUCUGGAAGGGCUGCUAGCACCCGUCCUACCGACCGGGACUCGUGUGCUCCGCUAUGAGUCGGAGUUUCUAACCGCACCCGGAGACAACUAUGGUAGCACCAUGCUGGCCGUGACCGUGCACACCAGGCGGGACGUCACCGACCGGGAAGAGAAGCAGCAGCAGCAGGCGACGAAUCCCAAGGGGCGUGAUGAGGACGAAAACACGGCCCGACUUCAUCUGGUGGCAAAGAUGCGACCGAGCAGCGAGGAGUUUCUGGAAAUCUUCCAAAUUGACACGACGUUCGUGAAGGAGGCGGCCGUCUACCUGAAGAUUGUCCCAACGCUGCUGGAGCUGCAACGCGAGCAAGGAUUCGGUGGCGACGGUGAGCUGAUCGAUGUGUUUUGCCGUUGCUACGGUGCACGCGUCUCGCUGGAUCCAUCGGUCGAGAAGGUGGACGCCGACGGGGUGAUGCUGUUCGAGAAUCUGAAGCUGGCCGGCUACGUCACCGGUGACCGACGUCAGGGGUUUGACCGGGAGCAGGCACGGUUCGUGUUGCAGAAGCUCGCACUGUUUCAUGCGAUACCGAUAGCGCUGCGUUACCUAAAACCGAACGAGUUCGAGGCCGGUAUCCAUAAGUACCUCGUUAAGAUCGACAUCGAUGCGGGGCUGAGCGCGGAAACGCUCCGUCAGAUGAUGGAUGUGUUCCGGCAGGACAUCGUACGGACCGGUGUUGGACCGGAGCUGGCGGACCGAGCGUACGGCAAGAUCUGCGAGUGUCAUCGACGCCAGGCUCAGCUCAUCUCGGACCAACGCACGGUCUACUGUACGAUGCUGCACAACGAUCUGUGGGUUAACAACAUGAUGAUCAAAUAUGAUAAGGAAACGGGACGGCCCAGUAGUCUCAAAUUCGUCGACUUCCAGCUGAUCCAGAUGGAUUCGUUGGUGCGAGAUGUCAUCUUCUUCCUCACCACGAGCGUCAACGAUCCGGAGCUGGAGUCACAGCUGGACGGCUACUUCGAGUACUACUUCCAGCAGCUGGCCACCGAUAUGGUGCGGCUCCGGUUCCCCACCCCGGAAGACUUAACCAUCGAGAGCUUCCGGGAGGAAAUCGAUCGUGUCGCACCGUUCGAGCUGUACCAUAUCGUGUCGAUGCUGCGUGUUGUCCUGGCCCGGAAAGAGUCGAUACCGGACCACAGUGAACAGGAUGCGGCCCUGUUCUUCAACGAUAAUCUAGUGGAGGAGGACUACUAUCGGCGGCUGGAGGUGACACUUCGGAUCUACGACCGGAAGGGAUGGUUGCUUUAGGUCGGUCGGUGGUAGUGUGCGGGAAGGGCUUCAAUUAAACCGCAGCAGGACGGCAGCAGUGCGUUGGUCAGUUUAUUUUAGGGAAAUCCGUUGUACAUAUGUCGAAUAAUAAAUGUUUUUGGUUUGUCAACCAAC